UUGAAACUGCCAGUGUGAGCUCAGGCGUCUUUUUCAUGAGAUUUCUAGAGAGAAAAGUUGUGAUCGAGUACAAACAGGAAGAUUACUGUCACAUUAUUUUGUUUCAAACAUCAAAGUCGCCAGCUCUGGAUCCAGCAAAAGAGCCCCAGACCAUCACACUUCCUUCUCCAAGCUUUUAUAAAGACAGAGACGUCGGGACACCUGAAGGAAUUGUUUGCAUCAACUUUCAAGGCUUCAUUUACUUCUAUUGCUGCAGAAUAGCUGAUUUUCACUUGACCCCUGCGACUGUUCAGUGAUUUCAACAAACCUUCAGCAGAAAGCCUGCUGGUGUUACUGGUGCUACUGGUGGGUUUACAGCUGUAGGAGGGGCUUUAUCAGAUAAGGAUGGCAUUAGGUUGGAAGAUGGCUCUCAUCGUGCGGCGUUUCCUGUUGGCUCUGCUUCUUCUGGGAGCUAACGUGUUCAUCAACGUUCAUGCUCAAGAGGAGGCGGAGGUGACAGAGGCGUGGACCAGCAGGUCUUGCAAAUGUGAUUGUGAUGGAGGAGAAUCCCCGACUGAGUUUUCCUCCAUCGUGUCUCCAGCUGGUUCUCCCAUGGUGCGCGGAGUGGACUGCAUGCCAGAGUGUCCGUACCACAAACCUCUGGGCUUCGAGGCCGGAUCAGUGAGUCCAGAGCAGAUCUCCUGCUCCAACCAGGAACAGUACAGCGGCUGGUUCUCCUCAUGGCUCCCAAGCAAGGCCCGGCUCAACAGUCAGGGCUUUGGGUGUGCCUGGCUGUCGAAAUUCCAGGACAACAGUCAGUGGCUGCAGAUUGACCUGACGGAGGUGAUGGUGGUUUCAGGGAUCCUCACUCAGGGCCGCUGUGACGCUGACGAAUGGAUCACCAAGUACAGCGUUCAGUACCGCACAGACUCACAACUCAACUGGAUCUACUACAAAGACCAGACUGGAAACAACAGGGUGUUUUACGGAAACUCUGACCGCUCCUCGUCUGUGCAGAACCUCCUGCGGCCGCCCAUCGUGGCACGCUACAUUCGCAUCCUCCCCCUCGGAUGGCACACACGCAUCGCUCUGCGCAUGGAGCUGCUGCUCUGCAUGAGCAAAUGCAUCUGAACCUCUCCUCCCGCUCUCCUCGAGGCCUUGCCCCAAAAGUUCAUCUGUACCUAAAGCCUCAUCGUCAGAGUGUGUGGUCCGUGAUUAUAUCCACAGAUUUGGCCCCUUUUAGCUACAUGUAUUGAACCACAAGUUGAAACCAAAAUAUUCUGUUUGAAACCUUUUUUUUUUUUUUUUUCAAAACAAAUUGACUUAUGUGAUUGCAUUAAAAUAGGUUUGUUUGAUAUGCACAAUGAGCUUGCAUUCACUCCACUCUCCAUUGUCUGUGUUAAAGCAGUCUCACGCUGGAGGCUUUAAUUCGGUGAGUUUUCAAUAGAUUGUUCCAUUUGCAAUGAAAUGGCAUAAAUUCAAAGCAAUAAUUAGUCAUGGAGAGGGAGAGGCAGCGUUGCUAUGGAGGUCGUAUCCACAGGUCUGGAGAAAAGCUCCUCCAGAACAUCUGUUUCAUUCUGUGACAGGUUGAUGAAAUGCUCACUGCUUCUUCUGAUAUUUACAGUAGUCAACAAGGAAUUUACAGUUUUGCACCUGUCAGUCAGUCUCUCAACCUUACUUCCCUCAAAGGAAGGAAAGGUUGUAUUCUAUAUUUUCCUUACUGUCAGCAAAUCCCAUAAAAAGACCAAAAUGAACAAUGAAUUGAUCCUACUAAUUAAUACUAACACAUAUUGCCUGAUUUAGCUUAUUCCUUUAUUCUCCAAACCGUUAAAAACACACCAGUGAGCCAUGCUGUUGCACUGGAUGUUCCUUCAUUACAAAAAAACAAAUCCCACAUACAUG